AAGCGAAUAUGGUUUGUCGGUCAACCGUGCGUAAAGAUUGAAUCGUUCGUCAUCGUCAUCUGAAGAGAUUUACGUACCUUUUCAUGAUAAUUUAAACUGUUUUGAGGCGAAGGCGUGUGUGUCUUCGGUCAUCUCUCGGUACUCGUCCACAUGAUUAUAAUUCCGCACUCCAGCUUGCUGUCGGAAAAUCUUCUGUUUCUACUAGUCGUCUGUAGUUCUUGCUCUUCCAAGUUUAUUUUCCUUUCACGAGAAUCACAAUGGCAAUCACAUACACUUUCACAGCCCCAUGGUGCAUACAUAGGAAGGAGUAAAAUUAAAAUUUGAUUACCCGCCUCAUUAUCCUCGGCUUCUGCAACUGCAACACCAACACCAAAGAGAAUUCAAAUCUAUGUGACGUCGCAAAGCAGCCGCCGCGUCACCAAGAAGGUUUUUGUGAAGUGGCAUUGUCUCGUCGUUGAUUGGAGGUCGGCUUCUUUUUCGUUGUGUAAAGGCCUUGGCGGCCCCCUCUUCCCUUUGGCUUUUAAACAAGAAUCGACAAUACAUGGACGCUCUUUCGCGCAGUUCGAAAGCGGUGGAUCCCGCCGGCGGCGCGUUGCGCAGCAGUCGUGGUAGCGGCCAUGCUCCCCGCACCUCCAACUCCGCGCAGCCAGCCACUUAUGACGUGGUGCCGACGAGUCAACAGCAACAGGGCGAAUCUGCUGCAGCCGGAUUGAUUAGCGACUCGCUGAAGCCGGCCGACUUUUUCGCAGCGCGGCCCAGCCGGCAGUCUAGAGCUAGCAAUGACAAUAUGUCCAUCAAAGGUCCACUUUCGACGGGAAUUUUUGUGGGUGACGGCAAGCUGAUCGAAGUGCAAACUGCCGAGGAUGUUGAGACGACAACCGCCAACGUUGCUGGACUUCCUCCCACGGCAGGGGCACCUGGCGCGGUAAAGACCCCCCCGAACAAGCCUGCUACUCGAGCGGCGCAGGCGUUGCAGAACAAGGAGCAAGAGGAUCGGGACUGCUCCUGCAGCUGCGAGCCGAGAAGCGCCCGGUGGCCCCACUGGGUGCUCUUCUCAGCGUCCAUCGUGAUGUACAUCCGCUGUGCGUACGAGUUCGACCACUUUGUGUACGGCGCCGCGACGGAGCACCCGCUCAAGGGACGCCGGUCUCCCUACAACGAGUUUGUGAAGGUCUUGACCGAGGAGGACGUCCGCACGUAUUCUAUUUCCACCAGAGCGUGGGGUGCGGUCCAACGAGGGCUCGCAUUUCGCUGGUCGGCGGACGCGAAAAUCUCAGUUUUGAACGGCGUUCCCAUCCUCGACGAAGGCAGUGCUUACUUCGACGCCCACGCCAUGUUUGCCUGGCUCUGCACCCUCGGCAACUGGCAGCCGGUCAUGCUACUGGACCCGACACAGCAACCCCCGCCGGGUUUCGAGGAGCGAACCUUCAACGUGGCGUCGGGCCUUCUCGUUUACACCAUGAUGCUUUUCUUCGUGGAGGCUGCGCUGGCGACCACCUUGAUGUUUUCGGGCUGGACCUGCUGCAUGAAAGUCCGGGAGCCACGCCGGUCCUGCGGCUCCGCCAUGCUGGUCGGCGCCACUGUGGGUCUGGCCGGCAUGUCCUGUUUUUUUCACGGCGUUCGCUGGUCGACGGCCCUCUCUCUGAUGAGCGACGACCAGAAGUCGCCGCUUUUUCACACGGAUACCCCGCUUUUCGGAAUCGUGGAGCACGACACCAUUUGGUUUCUCGCUGUUGUGGCAAUCCUAGUUGGGGUGGUUGGCUUGUUGUGCACCUCCCCUAAAAUAAGUGCGGGGGACCUGCAAAGGGACCCGGCCGCGGCGAAAAACCUCCCUGCGGCACCGGGGCUGAAACCAGACGCAGGCACCUACACCAUUGCCGACGCGAGAAGUGCAGCUGCAUCUUCACCGAUGACCGGCGUUGUCGCGGAGGGAGACAUCGUGCAAGGUGGUGUAGCAGAAAGGGACAGCCGCGCCGAGAAAAAGACGAAAAACAGUAGAACCAGCAUAACGAAUUCAAAGUCCGGAAGUCGAAAAGAAAACGACCCCAAUCAUGUCGACGUCGAAGCACAAACAAAGCAGCCUGCAGGCGACGACAUAGUGUGA